UAUGACUACUUCAUCUAAGUCUCCAAACAGUCUUAAGACGGUACUUAUUAAGUUAAAAGGAAUUAAAGAAUACCUUGGUGCACCUUCAAUGUCGCACACAGAAACCUUACAAAGGUACAACAAGAAUAUAACACGAAAGUCCGAAGAAGUAUACUUCGAUUUCUUCAAGAUAAUGGAUGAUAUCAUGAAAGAAAAUAUUGCCGAUUUAGAAAUUGAGGAAGAGGAAGUGUUAACAGCAGAGAAUGCACUUGAAGCAAUUGAAAAUGCAUGGCUUAAUGAAAAAUUUUCACCAGAAAUUCUACCACAUAAAUUUGAUCUUGUUGAUUGUAUGUUGCAACAGAUAAGUCAUAUGGAAGAAAAUAUGAAGAGGUUAGAAAGAGAUGAUCUACGCUUAGUGGUCCAUAGAAUGGAACUCGAUAGAAUACGAUUUCUUAUUUCUAGUUAUCUCAGAAUACGUUUAGAGAAAAUAGAGAGAUAUACUAUUCAUAUAUUGUCAGAGGAAGCUAGCAGAGAACCAGAUGAAGCUUAUUUAACACCAGAAGAACUUCGAUUUGCUAAGGAUUAUUUAGGCAGCAUUGAAAAUCUUUUCAAAACAGUGGCCUUACAACAUAUGCCUACCAACUUUCAAGGAUUUGAAAUAGAUAAAGUUAGCACCAAACCGAAUAUGCAAACUCAUGUUUUUUUAAGAGCUAACGAAAGAAUAACUGGUAUUGUUUUACCCGGUGUCAUAGAUGAAGAAAUAGACUUUGAAGCUGGCUCACAGCAUAUUAUCCAGUAUAAUGCUAUUGCUAAUCUAGUAAAAAGUGGUGCAGUGCAGUUAAUAUGAUUAAAUGACAAUUAAUUAAUUAAUUAGUGGAUGUUUGAGAGAAAUAUCAUACAAAUUUUAUUUUGAACGAUCGACAUUCGCUGUGGCUUCAUCAAGAAUUAAAAUUUUAUUAUUUUCUAUUAUAGCACGUGCAAGACAAAGCAAUUGCCUUUGUCCUGCACUAAGAUUGCUACCACUUUCACUUAUCUGAUAAUCUAAAGAAGU